AACUUUUUUUUUUUUUUUUUUUUUUUGUACAUUUCAUAUUUUUUAUAGUCACAUUUGGACACCUUAUGCCGCAGAUUGUGUAUUUUUUUCUAAUACUCUCAGUUGUCGCGGGAAUCAUUUCUGCACAUUUAUAGUUGGCAACACCUGCAAGAUUUUUUUUUAUUAUUAAUAUUAUUUGUUUACACGUUUCCACAUUGGAUAUUUUUUUUUUUUUUUUUUUUUUUUGCUUGCCGGUGCUUUUCACGAAGAGGAUUUGGACAUUUCUUCUGGAGAGGAAAUGCGCCGGGAAUCCCAUGAAGAGCGCUAAUAAAUGAGAGAUCACCAAGGAGCGUUUCUGUGUCUAUAGCAGCCGUCAAAUCCCAGAGAAAAGACAGAUUGGCGUGAGGAUUCGUGCGGGAUACGAUGGACCGUCAAUUAUGACAGAGAAGUGUUGAGAAGAAAAAUAAUAAAAAAAGAGAUUUAUGCUUUUUUCUACAAACACGCUCGCGCGUUUUGGCACUUUGGACCGCGCGUAAAAAAAAGAAGAAGAGGCGAGAGGACAGCGAGAACUUGGACACAAGAUUUACGCUAAAAACAUCUUUUUUUAAAAAAUAAUAAUAAAUCAGAAACGUGUGCUCUGUUCCCCGGUGAAGAGCCACACAGCCCGUUCAUCCCCCCUCCGUGUCUGCGGCACAUGUUGUAGCCGAUUUCGUAUAUGAGUUUUUCAAUUUGUGUGGCUCAGUGCACAGACUCUUUAGCGGCUACUAUGGACGAUCAAGCCCGGAUCAUGCAGUCGAUCGGCGGUGUCAGUCUGGCCGGCCACUCGGUACAAGGAGGCAUGGCACUGCCGCCUCCACAUGGACACGAUGGGACAGACGGAGACGGAAGAAAACAAGACAUUGGUGACAUUCUCCAUCAAAUAAUGACCAUAACUGAUCAGAGUCUGGACGAGGCGCAAGCAAAAAACAGGAAACAUGGGCUGAACUGUCACAGAAUGAAACCAGCACUCUUCAGCGUUCUCUGUGAAAUCAAAGAAAAGACAGGUCUCAGCAUCCGUGGCGCCCAGGAGGAGGACCCACCAGACCCCCAGCUCAUGCGUUUAGACAACAUGCUGCUGGCAGAGGGCGUGGCGGGACCAGAGAAAGGCGGCGGAUCGGCUGCCGCCGCAGCUGCAGCCGCCGCCUCGGGCGGGGCGGGCGACAACUCCAUCGAACAUUCCGACUACAGAGCCAAACUCACCCAGAUCAGACAGAUCUACCACACGGAGCUGGAGAAAUACGAACAGGCGUGCAACGAAUUCACUACCCAUGUGAUGAACCUGCUGAGGGAACAGUCUCGUACGCGGCCCAUCUCUCCCAAAGAGAUUGAGCGCAUGGUGGGAAUCAUCCACCGUAAGUUCAGCUCCAUCCAGAUGCAACUGAAACAGAGCACCUGUGAGGCUGUCAUGAUCCUGCGCUCCAGAUUCCUUGAUGCCAGGCGGAAAAGGAGAAACUUCAGCAAGCAGGCGACGGAAAUUUUGAACGAAUAUUUCUACUCGCACCUCAGCAACCCGUACCCGAGCGAGGAGGCUAAAGAGGAGCUGGCCAAGAAGUGCAGCAUCACAGUUUCCCAGGGGGUGGGAAGCACCAUCACAGUAUCACAGGUAUCCAACUGGUUUGGCAACAAAAGGAUCCGGUACAAGAAAAAUAUCGGCAAGUUUCAGGAAGAGGCCAACCUGUAUGCCGCCAAGACUGCCGUAAAUGCGGCACACGCUGCAGCCGCUGCAGUGCAGAACAGCCAGGCCAACUCCCCUACCACACCUAACUCCGGAUUCCAGAUGAAAGAUGAAGAGUUUCAGCUGGAUUCUGCAGAGAGCAAAAACACUCUUUUAACCAACAUGUUUACUGGUUCUUCAGGUUCUUUUAACCUCCCAAACUCUGGGGACAUGUUCUUGAGCAUGCAGAGUCUGAAUGGGGAUUCUUACCAAGGGGCACAAGUCGGAGCCAAUGUACAGUCACAGGUGGAUACCCUGCGCCAUGUUAUCAGUCAGACGGCAGGAUACAAUGAUGCUCUUGGGGGAAACACGAUGUACAGUCCACAUGGCUUGAAUGCUAAUGGGGGAUGGCAAGAUGCAACGACUCCGUCUUCUGUGAUCUCUCCGACAGAAGGACCGGGAAGUGUGCACUCCGAUACCUCGAAUUGAUCCGCUAUUAACGCAUCUUCGCCUCAAACCGGGCAUGGACUCUUUUAAAAACCUGGCUGACCCAACAGCAGAGGAUUAUACAAGAAAACAAACAAACAAACAAACAAAAAAAAAAACUUUUCACAAACAGAUUCGUUUUUGUUCCCGUACCUUCAAAUUUCCCACGCGCGUGCAAAAUGACAUCCUCCAUCAGUGUUUCCUGAUCGUUCAGUGUUUCCUUUCUGUCUCCAUGAAUCAGCUCUAAUCACCGUGCUCUUAUUUGUUUGUCGUAGGGGUAAGCACACACACACACACACACACACACACACACACACACA